AUCAUUGAAGAACAUCAAAGAGCUUGCAGAAAGAGACAUUCGUACACAACAAACGGGCUUCACUACAUCUUAUUUGUAAUGAAACGAGGAUUCUCCGAUUCUCCUUCAAGCUCUGGUCCUCCUCCUUCUUCCCGAUUCAAAUCUAAUCCCGAAGGUGAUUCUCAGUUUCUGGAAGAUGAAACCACAAAGAAUUUUGCCCGGAAAGUUGCUGAUCAUUACAGUCGGAGAACUAACCAAACAUUGGAAGAGCGAGAAGCUAGUCCCAUCAUCCAUUUGAAGAAGCUUAACAAUUGGAUUAAAAGUGUGUUGAUUCAGCUUUAUGCUCGUCCUGACGAUGCUGUUCUCGACCUUGCCUGUGGGAAGGGUGGUGAUUUGAUCAAGUGGGAUAAGGCGAGAAUCGGGUACUAUGUUGGAAUCGAUAUUGCUGAAGGGUCGAUUGAAGAUUGUCGUACGCGUUAUAAUGGUGAUGCAGACCAUCAUCAACGGCGUAAAAAGUUCAGUUUUCCGUCCCGAUUAUUAUGUGGGGAUUGUUUUGAGGUAGAGCUAGACAAGAUUCUUGAAGAGGAUGCCCCUUUUGAUAUCUGCAGUUGCCAGUUUGCUAUGCAUUACUCAUGGACUACUGAGGCACGUGCACGACGAGCUUUAGCAAAUGUUUCAGCUUUACUUCGCCCAGGAGGUGUCUUUAUCGGAACAAUGCCAGAUGCCAAUGUUAUUAUAAAAAAACUCAGAGAAGCUGAAGGUUUGGAGAUUGGUAAUAGUGUAUACUGGAUUCGUUUUGGUGAAGAGUAUUCCCAAAAGAAGUUCAAAUCUAGCAGCCCAUUUGGUAUCGAAUACGUAUUUCAUCUGGAGGAUGCUGUUGAUUGUCCUGAAUGGAUUGUGCCCUUUAACGUCUUCAAGUCUUUAGCAGAAGAGUAUGAUUUAGAGUUGGUAUUUGUGAAGAACUCCCACGAGUUUGUCCAUGAGUAUAUGAAAAAGCCAGAGUUUGUGGAACUCAUGAGAAGGCUUGGUGCUUUGGGUGAUGGUAACAAUGAUCAGAGUACAUUAUCAGCUGAUGAAUGGGAAGCUGCAUAUCUAUACCUCUCUUUUGUCUUGAGGAAGAGGGGAGAACCAGAUGGAGCUCGAAGGAGCGGACGGAGGAAGAAUGGGAAAAUGAACUUAUCGAAAGACGAUGUUUUGUAUAUCGAUAGCUGAAGCGUAAAAGAGUGUUCCUUUUAUACACCAGAGUAUCUCAAGUCUCUGUUUUGGUCUCACUUCGUUCUCUUACGUUUUUGGCCAUUUGAAUUGAGAGAUUGUUUUACUUUCGAAAAUCUGAUCCCUUCACAAAGAAAGCCCAAUAAUACGAUAGUCGUUGAACACUUGUGUUUUCAAGUGUGUAGGCUUUGAUAUACCAUUAGGAUGAUGAACAUGAUAAACUGUAAUAUGAUGU